AUACAUACACACACAUUUGGAGGAUACACACACAGGUGGAGGAUACAUACACACACAGGUGGAAGAUACACACACACACAGGUGGAGGAUACAUACACACACAGGUGGAGGAUACAUACACACACAGGUGGAAGAUACACACACACACACAGGUGGAUGAUACAUACACACACAGGUGGAAGAUACACACACACACAGGUGGAGGAUACAUACACACACAGGUGGAAGAUACACACACACACAGGUGGGUAAUACAUACACACACAGGUGGAAGAUACACACACACACAGGUGGAAGAUACAUACACACACAGGUGGAGGAUACAUACACACACAGGUGGAGGAUACAUACACACACAGGUGGAGGAUACAUACACACACAGGUGGAGGAUACAUACACACACAGGUGGAGGAUACACACACACAGGUGGAGGAUACAUACACACACACACACACAGGUGGAGGAUACAUACACACACACACACACAGGUGGAGGAUACAUACACACACACACACAGGUGGAGGAUACAUACACACACACACACAGGUGGAGGAUACAUACACACACAGGUGGAGGAUACAUACACACACAGGUGGAAUAUACAUACACACACAGGAGGAGGAUACACACACACACAGGUGGAGGAUGCAUACACACACAGGUGGAGGAUGCAUACACACACAGGUGGAGGAUACAUACACACACAGGUGGAGGAUACAUACACACACAGGUGGAAGAUACACACACACACAGGUGGAGGAUACAUACACACACAGGUGGAAGAUACAUACACACACAGGUGGAAGAUACACACACACACACACACAGGUGGAGGAUACAUACACACACAGGUGGAAGAUACACACACACACAGGUGGAGGAUACAUACACACACAGGUGGAAGAUACAUACACACACAGGUGGAAGAUACAUACACACACAGGUGGAAGAUACACACACACACACACACACAGGUGGAAGAUACACACACACACAGGUGGAGGAUACAUACACACACAGGUGGAAGAUACACACACACACACAGGUGGAAUAUACAUACACACACAGGAGGAGGAUACAUACACACAGGUGGAGGAUACAUACACACACAGGUGGAGGAUACAUACACACACAGGUGGAAGAUACACACACACACAGGUGGAGGAUACAUACACACACAGGUGGAGGAUACAUACACACACAGGUGGAAGAUACACACACACACAGGUGGAGGAUACAUACACACACAGGUGGAAGAUACACACACACACACAGGUGGAGGAUACACACACACACAGGUGGAGGAUACAUACACACACAGGUGGAGGAUACACACACACAGGUGGAAGAUACAUACACACACAGGUGGAAGAUACAUACACACACAGGUGGAAGAUACACACACACACAGGUGGAGGAUACAUACACACACAGGUGGAGGAUACACACACACACAGGUGGAGGAUACAUACACACACAGGUGGAAGAUACACAGGUGGAAUAUACAUACACACACAGGAGGAGGAUACAUACACACAGGUGGAGGAUACAUACACACACAGGUGGAAGAUACACACACACAGGUGGAAUAUACAUACACACACAGGAGGAGGAUACAUACACACACAGGUGGAAUAUACAUACACACACAGGUGGAAGAUACACACACACACAGGUGGAAGGUACACACACACACAGGUGGAGGAUACAUACACACACAGGUGGAGGAUACACACACACAGGUGGAAGAUACAUACACACACAGGUGGAGGAUACACACACAGGUGGAGGAUACACACACACACAGGUGGAAGGUACACACACACACAGGUGGAGGAUACAUACACACACAGGUGGAGGAUACACACACAGGUGGAGGAUACAUACACACACAGGUGGAGGACACACACACAGGUGGAAGAUACAUACACACACGGGUGGAGGAUACAUACACACAGGUGGAAGAUACAUACACACACAGGUGGAGGAUACAUACACACACAGGUGGAGGAUACAUACACACACAGGUGGAAGAUACAUACACACAGGUGGAAGAUACAUACACACACAGGUGGAGGAUACAUACACACACAGGUGGAGGAUACAUACACACACAGGUGGAAGAUACAUACACACACAGGUGGAAGAUACAUACACACACAGGUGGAGGAUACAUACACACACGGGUGGAGGAUACAUACACACAGGUGGAAGAUACAUACACACACAGGUGGAAGAUACAUACACACACAGGUGGAGGAUACAUACACACAGGUGGAGGAUACAUACACACACAGGUGGAAGAUACAUACACACAGGUGGAGGAUAUAUACACACAGGUGGAGGAUAUAUACACACACAGGUGGAGGAUACAUACACACAGGUGGAGGAUACAUACACACAGGUGGAGGAUACAUACACACACAGGUGGAAGAUACAUACACACACAGGUGGAGGAUACAUACACACACAGGUGGAGGAUACAUACACACACAGGUGGAGGAUACACACACACACAGGUGGAAGAUACAUACACACACAGGUGGAAGAUACAUACACACACAGGUGGAAGAUACAUACACACACAGGUGGAGGAUACAUACACACACACACACAGGUGGAGGAUACAUACACACAGGUGGAGGAUACAUACACACAGGUGGAGGAUACAUACACACACAGGUGGAAGAUACAUACACACACAGGUGGAGGAUACAUACACACACAGGUGGAGGAUACAUACACACACAGGUGGAGGAUACAUACACACACAGGUGGAGGAUACACACACACACAGGUGGAAGAUACAUACACACACAGGUGGAAGAUACAUACACACACAGGUGGAGGAUACAUACACACACAGGUGGAGGAUACACACACACACAGGUGGAGGAUACACACACACACAGGUGGAGGAUACAUACACACACAGGUGGAAGAUACACACACACACAGGUGGAGGAUACAUACACACACAGGUGGAGGAUACAUACACACACAGGUGGAAGAUACAUACACACACAGGUGGAGGAUACAUACACACACAGGUGGAGGAUACACACACACACAGGUGGAGGAUACAUACACACACAGGUGGAAGAUACACACACACACACACAGGUGGAGGAUACAUACACACACAGGUGGAGGAUACAAACACACAGAUGGAGGAUACACACACACACAGGUGGAAGAUACACACACACACAGGUGGAAGAUACAUACACACACAGGUGGAAGAUACAUACACACACAGGUGGAAGAUACACACACAGGUGGAGGAUACAUACACACACAGGUGGAGGAUGCACACACACACAGAUGGAGGAUACAUACACACACAGGUGGAGGAUACAUACACACACAGGUGGAGGAUACAUACACACACAGGUGGAGGAUACAUACACACACAGGUGGAGGAUACAUACACACACAGGUGGAGGAUAUAUACACACACAGGUGGAGGAUACAUACACACACAGGUGGAGGAUACAUACACACACAGGUGGAAGAUACACACACACACAGGUGGAGGAUACAUACACACACAGGUGGAGGAUACACACACACACAGAUGGAGGAUACAUACACACACAGGUGGAAGAUACAUACACACACAGGUGGAGGAUACAUACACACACAGGUGGAGGAUACAUACACACACAGGUGGAGGAUACAUACACACACAGGUGGAAGGUACACACACACACAGGUGGAAGAUACAUACACACACAGGUGGAAGAUACACACACACAGGUGGAGGAUACAUACACACACAGGUGGAAGAUACAUACACACACAGGUGGAAGAUACAUACACACACAGGUGGAAGAUACACACACACAGGUGGAAGAUACACACACACAGGUGGAAGAUACACACACACACAGGUGGAAGAUACACACAGGUGGGUGAUACAUACACACAGGUGGAGGAUACAUACACACACAGGUGGAAGAUACAUACACACACAGGUGGAAGAUACACACACACAGGUGGAAGAUACACACACACACAGGUGGAAGAUACACACACACACAGGUGGAAGAUACACACAGGUGGGUGAUACAUACACACAGGUGGAGGAUACAUACACACACAGGUGGAAGAUACAUACACACACAGGUGGAAGAUACAUACACACACAGGUGGAGGAUACAUACACACACAGGUGGAGGAUACACACACACACAGGUGGAGGAUACACACACACACAGGUGGAGGAUACAUACACACACAGGUGGAAGAUACACACACACACAGGUGGAGGAUACAUACACACACAGGUGGAGGAUACAUACACACACAGGUGGAAGAUACAUACACACACAGGUGGAGGAUACAUACACACACAGGUGGAGGAUACACACACACACAGGUGGAGGAUACAUACACACACAGGUGGAAGAUACACACACACACACACAGGUGGAGGAUACAUACACACACAGGUGGAGGAUACAAACACACAGAUGGAGGAUACACACACACACAGGUGGAAGAUACACACACACACAGGUGGAAGAUACAUACACACACAGGUGGAAGAUACAUACACACACAGGUGGAAGAUACACACACAGGUGGAGGAUACAUACACACACAGGUGGAGGAUGCACACACACACAGAUGGAGGAUACAUACACACACAGGUGGAGGAUACAUACACACACAGGUGGAGGAUACAUACACACACAGGUGGAGGAUACAUACACACACAGGUGGAGGAUACAUACACACACAGGUGGAGGAUAUAUACACACACAGGUGGAGGAUACAUACACACACAGGUGGAGGAUACAUACACACACAGGUGGAAGAUACACACACACACAGGUGGAGGAUACAUACACACACAGGUGGAGGAUACACACACACACAGAUGGAGGAUACAUACACACACAGGUGGAAGAUACAUACACACACAGGUGGAGGAUACAUACACACACAGGUGGAGGAUACAUACACACACAGGUGGAGGAUACAUACACACACAGGUGGAAGGUACACACACACACAGGUGGAAGAUACAUACACACACAGGUGGAAGAUACACACACACAGGUGGAGGAUACAUACACACACAGGUGGAAGAUACAUACACACACAGGUGGAAGAUACAUACACACACAGGUGGAAGAUACACACACACAGGUGGAAGAUACACACACACAGGUGGAAGAUACACACACACACAGGUGGAAGAUACACACAGGUGGGUGAUACAUACACACAGGUGGAGGAUACAUACACACACAGGUGGAAGAUACAUACACACACAGGUGGAAGAUACACACACACAGGUGGAAGAUACACACACACACAGGUGGAAGAUACACACACACACAGGUGGAAGAUACACACAGGUGGGUGAUACAUACACACAGGUGGAGGAUACAUACACACACAGGUGGAAGAUACAUACACACACAGGUGGAAGAUACAUACACACACAGGUGGAAGAUACACACAGGUGGGUGAUACAUACACACAGGUGGAGGAUACAUACACACACAGGUGGAAGGUACACACACACACAGGUGGAAGAUACAUACACACACAGGUGGAAGAUACACACACACACAGGUGGAGGAUACAUACACACACAGGUGGAAGAUACAUACACACACAGGUGGAAGAUACAUACACACACAGGUGGAAGAUACACACACACACAGGUGGAAGAUACACACACACACAGGUGGAAGAUACACACACACACAGGUGGAAGAUACACACAGAUGGGUGAUACAUACACACAGGUGGAGGAUACAUACACACACAGGUGGAAGAUACAUACACACACAGGUGGAAGAUACAUACACACACAGGUGGAAGAUACAUACACACACAGGUGGAAGAUACACACAGGUGGGUGAUACAUACACACAGGUGGAGGAUACAUACACACACAGGUGGAAGAUACACACACACACACAGGUGGAAGAUACACACAGGUGGGUGAUACAUACACACAGGUGGAGGAUACAUACACACACAGGUGGAGGAUACAUACACACACAGGUGGAAGAUACACACACACACAGGUGGAAGAUACACACACACACAGGUGGAAGAUACACACAGGUGGGUGAUACAUACACACACACACAGGUGGAAGAUACACACAGGAGGAGGAUACAUACACACACAGGUGGAAGGUACACACACACAGGUGGAAGAUACAUACACACACAGGUGGAGGAUACAUACACACACAGGUGGAGGAUACAUACACACACAGGUGGAGGAUACAUACACACACAGGUGGAGGAUACAUACACACACAGGUGGAAGAUACAUACACACACAGGUGGAGGAUACAUACACACACAGGUGGAAGAUACAUACACACACAGGUGGAGGAUACAUACACACACAGGUGGAGGAUACAUACACACACAGGUGGAAGAUACAUACACACACAGGUGGAAGAUACACACAGGUGGGUGAUACAUACACACACAAACAUCAGAUGGAUG